GGGGGGGGGGGGGCUUGGAAAAAAAAUCACGACCAAGAAAAAAAAGCGCUAGAGAAUAUGAAAGAAAAGGAAAUAGAGCAAGGGCGUGGGCUGGUUUGGGAAUGGGGAGGUGCACAUCGUGGGGAGGUGGAACUAAAGUGGUAUGGAGCGGGGUGCACAUUUUCAGCUGUUGAAAGCAGAAGAAGGGGUACAAAUUUCGUUUUGCUUGCCCGUGUCGGAACUCCUCUGCCUCAGCGGGAGGGUACCGGUGCACCCCCUCCCAGCCUACGCCCUUGUAGAGAAGAGUGAAAUGUGAUAUUACUUUCUGAAUAUUAAGUUAAAUCUAUAACGAAAUUUGAUUUUUGUAAUAAAAUAUCGACAUUUUUGCUCGCUCGCUCGCGAUACGCCAUAUGUAGCACCCGCAAACUUUUUGGCUCAUUACGCCACUGCAAUACCAUAUUUCGCCCAGGGGCCAUUUUGUGUUUUAACAACACCCGGCUGGAUCCGCGCCUAACCCCUUAAGGUCCUCGAUCCAACUUACCAUUUCGAUUUUCCCAAUGAACAAUAAACACGCAAUUUUCUUUUAAAUGUGUGUUCAUAUUCAAAGUCACGCAUCGUAAGCCCGGUGAAUUAAUAUUUGACAACUGUGUAAAUGUUUGAAGAUUUCGAACCAACUAUUGUUCGCAACCCUCGAUACAUGCAGUUUAGUUUGUGUUGAUUUUCGAACUGAAGCAAGGCACCUACUGAGUAUAUAGCCAAGUUCGCGCAUUCCCAUCAGGCAGUGAAGGGUUUCAAUCCAAAUUCAUGUAGUGAAGUUAGUAGAAAGAUUGUGCCAUAUGUGAAUAUUUUGUCUAUCUGUAUACCGUAUAGCCUACAGUGUUCGAGGUACACUUCACAUAUGGCCCUGACCAUAAUAACACUACCAAUAUAGGCCCACAUUUGGAUGUAUUAUAACUUUUUAAGAAAUGGCGCGAAAUUUUCUCCUGGUUGUCGUCUGCUUGCUCGCUGUUGGCGAUCUCCGUAUAAAUAACAUUGGGAUGAUGUCGGAGGCUCGUCAGUUCGGCUGGAAGGAAUGGUGGAAGAACACGAUUAUUUAUCAGAUCUACCCAAGAUCUUUCAUGGACUCCGAUGGCGAUGGUGUUGGUGACCUUAAAGGAAUAACAAGCCGCCUCCAAUAUUUCGUCGACAUCGAUGUAGGAGCGAUAUGGAUCAGUCCAUUCUUCCGGUCCCCUUUCGCCGACUUCGGAUAUGAUAUAUCUGAUUUCAAGGACAUCGAUCCGGUCUUUGGAACCCUCGAUGACUACGACGAAUUGAUUAAGGAAGCACAUCGAUUAGGAAUCAAAGUGAUCUUGGAUUUCGUACCAAACCACUCGAGCGACCAGCAUCCUUGGUUUUUAGAAAGUAGAAAGAGUCGGGACUACCAGAACCCAUAUCGGGACUAUUACAUUUGGAAAGACCCGAAAGCUGGUUGUAGUUCGGAUGACCCUCGGGAAUGUUUGCCUAACAAUUGGAUCAGUGUUUUCGGAGGCUCAGUAUGGGAGUGGGGUGAGGAAAGACAGCAAUUUUACAUGCAUGCUUUCCUGAAAGAACAACCUGAUCUAAACUACAUUGACGGUGUGGUCAGAGAUGAAAUGAAGGAUGUAGUUCGUUUCUGGAUGGAGAGAGGUGCAGACGGUCUCCGAGUGGAUGCUGUAGCCCAACUCAUUGAAGAUCAUUUUAUGAGGGAUGAACCUCCUGAUCCAGCAUAUAAACCAACUGGCAAAGAAACCAGGCCCCAGUGGUUUAGUCUCCUUCACAACUACACGUUCAAUCACCCCGAGCACCACAUUUCUAUUAAAUCCUGGAGAUCUGAUGUCAUGGAUAAAUACAGCAUUGAGCCUAAUUACAGAUUCAUGAUGACCGAAACUUACGAUGACCCUGCUAACCUUCUCGACUAUUACGGCACCGUGGACGAACCGGAGGCCGACUUCCCUUUCAACUUCCAGCUGAUCAGUCUGAACGCAGACAACCUCUCAGGAACCAAGGUCUUUCAACUGGUAGAUGACUGGAUGAAGGUUACCACAGGGGACAAGUGGCCCAACUGGGUGAUCGGCAACCAUGAUAAUUUCCGAGCUGGGCACAGACUGGGCAAACAGUUUGCCCGUGCUGCCAAUGUACUGAACCUUCUUCUACCAGGUACACCAACCUCUUACUACGGUGAGGAGCUGGGCAUGGAACACAUCAGUGUCACCUUUGAAGAGACACAGGAUCCUUGGGGCAAAAACAACCCGUGUUGCUGGGAGACCUACUCACGUGACCCUGAGCGUUCGCCUAUGCAGUGGAAUACGGAGAAAAAUGCUGGUUUCAGUACUGCAAAGAAGACUUGGCUGCCGGUCCAUCAAAAUUACUUGACUGGAAUGAACGUAGAGUCGCAACUCAAGGACCCGAAAUCGAUGCUAAAUCUCUACAAGUCCCUCACGAAAAUCCGCAAGGUCCGCCCAGCCUUCCACACCAACACUCUCCAGUAUUCCGUUGUCAACGAGAACAUCUUCUCUUUCCUGCGGGCACCAGCCGCCGACGAAUCGCAGUACCCGUCUUAUCUGGUGGCCAUAAACUUCGGCAAGAGCGGCCCCGUGAUUGGUGAUUACGCUGGAGCACUUCGGACCAAUGGCGUGACGCUAGCGGCGAAUGUGGGCGUGGUGGAAAUAAGCUCGAACAUGGAUAGGAAUGGAGAGAAAGUGAUGCUGAACUCUAUUGAGCUUCAGUCUGGUGAAGCACUGAUUGUUCGUAUUGGAGAAGACAGGGAUGAAUUAUAAAUACAUGCCAGUUCUUAUCAACUACUGUAAAUGAAAUUAUAAUGAUAGCAAACUGAAUGUGCCAAGUGCAAAAAGAAAUAAUAUACAUGUGUAUAUAUUGGUUUUAUGUAAAUGAAGCAUUGAGAUUAUAUUCUGAUUACGGAUUCAGUUACAUGUAUAUGAAUUUUAACAGCGGACUGGGGCUGGUAAAGGUUUUAAGAAGAAUGAAAACUUUGGGGGGAUAGAUUUCAAUGAAAAGAGAGAAUAGAGAAAAUCAAUAUAGUGCCAUCAAAAUAAAGGUUGAAAGUAUCAAUUCAUCGUCUGUGGCGACCUUAAAAUUUGCAAAUUUACUUCAAAGUGACAGGCUUAGUGUAUGGUUUUUUUUACACAAAUUCCUUAUUUCCUCUAUUAUUAAUCAAGGUGCAACUUGUCUCCUUCAUAACUAAAAGAUGUAGUGGACAAUCUUUAUAGAAAAGCAUCUGAUUUUAUGUACACACCAUCAUUGCAAACUGUAUCACUUGUUGGAACAUUGCCAAUUUGAGGGUCAGCAUAGUAUGACUGAAGAUUUUUCAUACUUCAAUUUCUGUUCUCAAAUGGUGAUACUGAAAAAAUUAUCUUUUAUUAUCUUUUUUUUUACAUAUUUUUUUUUUUGGAGGGGAGAGAGUCGGGUUUUUCUCUCUCUUUUCAUCAAAAUCAAUAUUUUUCAAGUGCUAUAUUCUUAUUUGAGGCACACAUAUGAUUAGCGUAAUUCUAUUCUUGAUUUACCAUGGAGAAAUCAGAUGAAAAAAAUAUUAGGAUAGUAUACAGGUACUUCAAGAUCAACUUUUUAUCUAGCGCCAUCUCGUGAUCAUAAUGUACAAGGAUAUACACUGUAGUUUGAUUCCAUUUCAAUUUCUGAAAUAUUUUUUUAUUUUUAAUUGAUAUAUUGCACUAAACUAUAGACCUAUCUAUGCAGGUGAUCUUGAAUAUUAAACAAUUAAGUUGUGCAAUUUUCAGAAAUCAA